AUCCCUUUCAGAAACAAGUUACUAAAAAGGUCAUCAAAUUUGUCUCUCUGAGUGAUUCUUUCAAGCUCCUGAGUAGAGGAGCUUAACUUACAGACAGAGAGAGUACUGAUACACACCCAGAUCUCAACAAAAACUUCUCAUCUUGAUCUCAUCAGUCUCUCGUCUUAAAGAAAAAAAAAAAAAACAUUUAAGGUUGUUCUAGAUCUUCUCUAUUCCUCGAUCUUCAAUGUGUUGAGCUCAGAGACUGUAACUAAAUUUGUUGGUAAGAACUCAAUUUAUUUUUGUCUGUAAUUGUCGUACUAGUUGUUGUUGUUGUAUGCAGUUGCAUGUUGUUUUUAGGGUUCAUUUCUGGUUUCUAAGUUUGAGUAAAAACUAGUAAUUGUUGAGUUAAAGAUGGAACAAACAGAAGUGGGUUCGUCUUCAAGUGGUUAUGAUAAGUCACAGGUGAUAGAUGUAAGGCCAUUAAGGUGUUUAGUACCUUGGUUUCCAGCUCCACCAUUAGGGUAUCAAACUCCACCUCCAUUUGUUUAUGCACCCCCUUUUGGUCCUUUUCCUCAAGGUUAUUCUCCAUUUUACCCUUUUUUUAAUCCUUCAGAACCUCAAAGAACCUCUGAACAAAAUUACCCCCAAAACAACCAGAAUAAUGGAACUGCAAAUCAAGAUGGUGGUAGUGGUUUUGGUUACAAUAAUAAUGUUGAUAACGGGGCUUCGCCUUCGUAUUAUACACCUCCUCCUGCACCUAGAUAUAAUGCAGAGAAUGGUGAUACUACACGGUCGAGAAAGAGUUCAAGCACUAGAGGUGAUUCUGUUGUGGUAAUAUCAGAAUCUGAAGAAGAUGGGUAUAGUAAUAGUAAGAAAAGAACAGCUAACUAUUUGAGCAGUAUGGAUAUUCUAGAAAGUGGGAGCAGUCAGAGAUCUAGGUCCCGGCCUAAGAAAAUAAAGCCUAACCCUGAUCUCAAGUUUAUGGUACCAGCUAAUGGAGAUCGAGAGACUGUUAAUGACCUUCUAUUGAAAUUUGAUGCACUGAGACGGAAACUUGCCCAGAUAGAAGAUGCAAAAGAAGUAACAGUGGGUAUAAAACGGGCGGAUUUAAAGGCAGGGACAUUAAUGUUUAAUUAUGGGCUUCGGACAAAUGCAAAGAAGAUUGUAGGAAUUGUUCCUGGUGUUGAGAUAGGAGACAUAUACUUUUUUAGGAUGGAAAUGUGUUUGGUGGGUUUGCAUGCUCCUGUUAUGGCUGGGAUUGAUUACAUGAGUCUUAAAAUUGAUCAAGAAGAUGAAACUUUGGCUGUGAGUAUUGUAUCGUCUGGAGGAUAUGAAGAUGAUGCUGAGUAUGGUGAUGUAUUAAUUUACAGCGGACAAGGUGGUGCAGCUAACAAGAAAGAAGGAAAAGAAGCAUCAGAUCAGAAGCUCGAAAGGGGAAAUCUUGCUUUGGAGAGAAGCUUGCGCAGAGGUAAUGACGUAAGGGUUAUUCGAGGUAUGAAGGAUGUGGGAAAUGUUUCUGCCAGGAUAUAUGUAUAUGAUGGUCUAUAUAGACUUCAAGAGUCAUGGACGGAGAAAGGGAAGGCGGGAACCAAUGUCUUCAAGUAUAAAUUGGUCAGAGUACCUGGGCAGCCUGAGGCAUUUAUGCUUUGGAAAUCAAUACAGCUUUGGAGGGAUAAUACAGUCUCCAGGCCUGGAGUUAUACUGCCAGACUUGACCUCUGGUACAGAAAAGGUACCAGUUUGCCUUGUGAAUGAUGUGGAUGCUGAGAAGGGCCCGGCACAUUUUACAUAUGUUCCUACUAUUAAGUAUUCAAAACCAAUAAACUCGAUGCAACCUUCGAUUGGGUGCAACUGUCGAAGUUCUUGUGCCCCUGGUGAUCCAAAUUGUUCUUGUGUGAUAAAAAACAAUGGUGAUCUCCCAUAUAUUUCCAACGGGGUUCUUGUGAUUCGAAGUCCCUUUGUUCAUGAAUGUGGUCCCUCGUGCCUGUGCUACCCUAAUUGUAAAAACCAAGUGUCUCAAAAUGGCUUGAAAAUCAAAUUGGAGGUAUUUAAGACUCAAGGUAAGGGUUGGGGUCUGCGGUCUUGGGAUCCUAUUCGUGCCGGUACGUUUGUAUGUGAAUAUGCGGGUCAGGUUGUAGAGCUGAGCAGAGUAGAUGUGGAUGAAGAUGAUGAGUAUAUCUUUAACGCUGCUCGUUCUUUUGACAAGAAUUUCAAAUGGAAUUACUUACCUGAGAUACUAGAAGAAGAGAAACCUACUGAUCCAGAUGAGGUAUCUAGCUCCCCAUUAUCACUAAGAAUAAGCUCAAAGAGCUUCGGGAACGUAGCUCGGUUCAUAAACCAUAGUUGCUCCCCCAACCUAUUUUGGCAGCCAGUCUUGUACGACCAUAAUGAUGAAAGUUGUCCGCAUAUUGUGUUUUAUGCGAUCAAACACAUUCCCCCAAUGACAGAGUUGACAUUUGAUUAUGGGCCUGCCCCGGGUAGCAAUGGUAAUUCUGGUAGGAGAGAAUGCUUAUGUAAAUCACCAAAAUGCAGAGGUUUUUUUGGCUAGCAGCUUAGAAACAGAAAGCUGAACUUGAACUCCAGAGCACACUACAGGGUCAUCUAAUUAGGUACGGAGGGAGUAUGUGACAAUUUCCUCUCUUUUUAUUCAGUUCUUCAUGCUGGAGGACGAGACUUGGACAGGAUACAGUGUACCCAGGGCUUUUUUUGUUGUAAUAUUCCUCUUCUUUUUCUUUUUUUUUUGGUCUAUUUUGGAGAGAGGGGUACAAAUUUUGCAGCUACAGAUCAAGUUAUGGAACAACAGUGUAAAGGGUUCCUGUAAUAAAACUUGUAUGAAUCGGUCCAAGGGGUUCUCCUAAUGUAUCUUGUAUCAAUCAGUACACCGACGGCUUUUAAGUUAUCGGAUCUUUGAUGUGUUUCCGGUUGUUGUAUUUGUGUUGUUUUAAACUUAAGUUGCUUCGUUUUUAUUACACUUUUGCUUGAUUCUCUA